CUCCUGGUACCUACCACCAACACUAUCGACCUCUCGCCCGCUCCUCCCACCAUAUUAUACUCAACGGUUAUCCGAGUGGACAUGCCCACACCAGCGGCAGACCUGAGGGCAUCUCUCGAGAGGCACAACCAAACGUUCGAAACUCUUUUGAAGCUUAUUCCGGCAAGGUAUUACCUAGUGCAGGAGCAAAGCGAAGAGCAGAUCGCCUCCAAAUACCAAAAGCACAGUAAGAAACAGAAGGCGCCGAAGCAGGCCAUCAAGGAGGCGUCGAAAAAAGCGAAGAAAGAGAAGCUCGACCCCGCAAACCACAAAACCAUCCUCGACAUCCAGAACGAGGGUCUGAAGGCGUCCGACAAUGCCGCGAGCGCGAAGAGCAAGGGCAAGCGGAAGGCCUCUCAGGCCGACGCCGAGUCCGGCUCGGACGGGAUGGACGUAGACGAGCCCAUGGACCUACGGGAGGACGCAGCAGAGUCCGAGGACGACAUGGUGCCCAUGCCCGAGACCGGCGGGAUCGAGGCGCUGCGCGAAAAGCUGCAUGCACGCAUGGCCCAGCUACGGAGGGGACCGAAGGUCGGCGGGGACGGUGAGGCGGGGAGCAGGGACGAGCUGCUCGAGGAGCGGCGCAGGCAGCGGGCGGCGAUGCGGGAGCGGCGGCGGAAGGAGACCAAGGAGAAGAUCCGCAGAGAGGAGGAGAUGAAGGGGAAGAAGGGGAAGGACAAGGACCAGUCGCGGGACAAGGGCCCACCCACCCAGACCCAACUGCUCGUGCCGGAUGAGGGGCCUUCAUCCAAGGCGGGCCACCCGCACGAUCCGAAGGCCAAGUUCACCAGCAUCGCGUUCUCCGCCGUCGCCGGCUCCUCCAACAGCAGCAAGAAGGCGCAUCUCAAGACCUCGUCGAACCCGUCGCAGGCACUCGAGCAGCUCGCCUCUCGGAAGGAGAAAGCGGCGUCCAUGCCCGAGGAGAAGCGGAAGGCGCUGGAGGAGCGCGAGAAGUGGGAGAAGGCCGAGGCGCGGAUGGAGGGCGUGAAGGUGCACGACGACGAGGGCCGGCUGAAGAAGGCGGCGAAGCGGAAGGACAAGGUGAAGCAGAAGAGCAAGAAGGAGUGGGACCAGCGGAAGGAGCAGCUCGCCACCAGCAUGGCCGCGAAGCAGAAGAAGCGGACGGACAACAUCGCCUCGCGCCAUGAGCGACGGAACGACAAGGGCAAGGCCGGCAAGACGAAGAACAAAGCUCGCCCAGGAUUCGAGGGCAAGUCCUUCGGCAAAGGCAAAGGCAAAGACAAGGCUCCGGCGAAAGGCAAAAAGUAAGGACCUCCCCACAUGUCCCUCCCUCUGUAUGACCGUAUGCGCCGUGUCAUGUCGAAUGCUACACUUUAUUGCCGGUCUUGGCCCAGUCCGCGUUGUCUGCCUAUCGGUAUUCAAGGAGCGUAC